CAAAGAAAAGAAGUAUGACCGGAUUUCGUGGCUUCUCCUUUCUCGUGUUCUUCUUCUUCGUCAGCCCAUGGGCAGCAUUCUCGACCGUCGAACCGGAUAACCUUCUGUCCGUACAAGAGGAGAUGGUACGGACAGCUGGGUAUGGAGAGGAGAGGCUCUCGUCCGUGCUGGUCACCGGUACGGUCCUUUGCGAGGCUUGCUUGCCUGGAGAAGUCGAGAGUCGUGCAUUGCAUGUGCCAGGUGCAUUGGUAGGUGUCGCAUGCAAAACUGGCGGGAAAAGAAGGAAGUUGAAUUGGUCACAAGGAGCCACAGAUAAGUACGGAGAUUUCAUCGUUGAUCUUCCUUCCCGCCUCCAUGCAAUCCCAAGAUUGGACAGUGCAUGCAGGGUUACAAUCGUUCGGUUGCCAAAACGCUCCCCUUGCCGAAAGGUUCAUAUCAGAAAGACUAGAGCGAUCCAGUUAUCGUCGGUAGGAAAUGGGAUCCGUACAUACACUACCGGAGUUAUAAAGCUCCGGCAGCAAUCUAAGCCCGGGCAUGUGUGUAUCAAGAAAGGAAGAGAAAAUGCAGAAGAGAGGACAUGGUGAUAUCGUGGCCAUACAAGUGGAUGACAUCCAGGCCAUGUAGAAGGUGGGGCUCAACGUGAAGAUAAUGUCUCAAAAUCAAUGGUGGUCGACUAAUCAAGUGGGCCACACAUGUAGGUUUUCGUUGUGAAACAUCCAUUUCAGUCGUACUAAGUGUGGCCGGCUCGAUCAGCCCUACCUAAUGAUUGGAGUGGAUGUCGCACAUACGUGUGCCAUGCAUGCACGUGUCACAAUCCACCUCUUAGAUCA